AUGGCUCGCCCAGGCGCAGGUCCACGAUCGCAUUCGCGCAGAUCCGACGAGCUGUUUGCCGCCUUCAACGGUCCCGCGGACGCUGAUCCAGGGUUGCCAGACUACACUCAAGCCAGCUCAUCCUCCUCAGGUCCGUCCGCAUAUCGAACCUCGAGACCUUCCACGGAUGUCUUCUUUGAUGCGGGAGAUGCGCUGCCCGAUCCAGAUCCAGUCAGCGACCCGUUAGGAGCCGACCGAGCCAACUCGAGCGCUACCACCGAACCGUCCCCAUCCUCGUUCCGGCCCCCACCGCUGUUCAACCGCAGCGGCAAUACCCCAGCAUACGAUUUCGAGCGACCAGAGUACUUUCCUACUGUCACACGGCGGCCGCCGCCUUCGCCCCAUGCUGCCAGCCCAAACCCUGACGCUGCUGCCGAUGUCAGCAACGCAUCUGCAGGCAACGACCACCGCACCAUCGACAUGAAUCCAGAUGGGGAUGACGAAGGCGAUGAUUCGAUCCAUUCCAGCAGCGGCAGUCGUACGAAUCGCAAUGGUUACAGCUCCGUCCCGACGUCCAUGGGCGGUGGAGAGGCGGGAGGCGUCAGCACAGAUGCCUCGGAAGCCAUGACGAGAAGUGACCGCAUGCGCUUCGCUCUCGGUCGUUUUGGUCGGUUUGUCGGUAUGGGCAUCCCUGGUGCCCGUUACUCGUCCCUCUCAACACAGGACGGUGCUCGAGGCGGCGUUCAUCGGCCGCGCUACGUUGGCGGCGGCAUUGGUCAGGAUGGCGUGUUCGCCAACCUCAGCGCCAAGCCAGAGCGUCGCCGACGCGGCCAAACCGGCGGAAGCGGCGAAGACCGAGGAGAUGACGAUGAUCUGGAAGACGACAUGCAGCCUCCCACCUACGAGAUCGCCGCAGCCGACGCGGUACCGCAAUACUGGGAGACAACCAUCCUUGGCGGCAGCGUCCACCCACUCGCCAACGGUCUUGGAUGGACGCCGGGCGGAGCGCACGUGGGCGCCAUCGAGGAUCUCAUCGUCGAAGGUCUGGCGGUGGGCAACCUCUUCGGAUUUGCAUGGAACCUGCUCGUUUCGAUGACGUUCCAGUUUGUCGGUUUCCUGCUGACCUACCUGUUGCACACGACGCAUGCUGCGCGAUGUGGCAGUCGCGCUGGUCUCGGCGUGACCCUCAUCCAAUAUGGUUUCUACCUGCGAACCCGAGCGGCCGAGAUCGCAGAAGGCAAGGUGGGCACAGACUUUGGCGGCACAUCCUCACCUGGCGGAGGGAACGGGUGGUUUGGCGAGGACAACACGGCCAACGGCACUCGUCGAAGAGGUUGGGGGUCGCGAAUGGUGCAACCUUCCCAACCGAGCGUAAACGGUCAGACGCUUGCCGACCUGUUCGCAGCCCAGGCCGAUGGGCAACCUGUCAAUGUGGGCGAUCAGAACAUCACCGACUCGAUGAGUCAGUCGACCGAAUGGCUCGCGUAUGUGCUCAUGGUGCUGGGUUGGACGAUUCUGCUGUCGUCCAUGCUGAGCUACUGGCGCAUCUGGCGGUGGGGCAAGUCGCUUGUUGACGCUGCGAGGCGCGAAGAGGCUUCGAACGGCGAAUCGGCGCAGGAGGAGCCGUCGACGGGAGCGAUGGGUUUCGUCAAUCGGUUUCGCUCCGCUUUGUCGAGAGGCGGGGGGAGUGCGGGAUCGGGCGAGGACUGGGUGUUGUUCCCCGGCGUAGGACAGAGGCUGGGUCGCUCGCGUGGUCAGCGCGGGGAGACCAGCGUCGGCGAUUUGGAAGAUGAAGAUGGGUUGGACACGGAAGAUGCACGGCUGAACCCGGCGGAGAGACGAUUGUUGAACGACAUGCGUCGUGCCGGUCUUGCUUAA